AUGGCGAGCGACAAUGAACCGGCGAAGCUCUUGCUACCCUACCUUCAACGAGCCGAUGAACUGCAGAAACACGAGCCCCUCGUCGCCUACUACUGUCGAUUGUAUGCAAUGGAACGAGGGUUAACGAUUCCCCAAGCUGAGCGGACUAAAACUACCAAUGCCCUCCUUAUUUCUCUUAUGAAACAACUUGAGAAGGAUAAGAAGUCGCUGAAGUUGAGCCCUGAUGACCAUUUGCACCUGGAGGGAUUUGCCUUGAACGUGUUUGCAAAAGCAGACAAGCAAGAUCGGUCUGGGCGAGCAGAUUUGAAUACUGCAAAGACUUUCUAUGCUGCAAGCAUUUUUUUUGAAGUUCUUAAUCAAUUUGGUGAACUUCAGCCUGAUCUCGAGGAGAAACAGAAGUAUGCAGUAUGGAAAGCUGCUGAUAUAAGAAAAGCUCUGAAAGAAGGAAAGAAACCUGUACCAGGCCCCCCUAGUGGUGGUGAAGGUUUAUCAAUGCCAUCAAGUACACAAAUUAAUGAAUAUGAUCUUGAACUGAGCAGAACAGAUCCAGCUAUUAAACCUGCACCAGAUUCUGAUGCACGACCUGAGCUGUACGAUGAAUUCAACAACCCCCAGCAUUAUGCAAAAAUUUCGCCAUCUGCUGCUUCAAACAUUCCACCUUCAUCUCCUUCAAACAUUCCACCUUCAUCUCCUUAUCCUACUGAAGAGUAUCCUUCCCAUAAUCUCCAUCAACCUCUUUCGACCGACAGAUCAGAAAAUUCUAUUUAUUCUCAGCCAUAUCACAAUCAACACUACCCACAAGAACCCCAACAGCAGUUGCCUCACGAUUACUCUUCUCAUGAUAUUCCCCCCAACUCAUAUCCCAAUUUCCAAUCUUACCCAAGUUUUACGGAGAGUAGCCUUCCAGCAGCUCCAUCUCAUUAUCCAUCUUAUUAUCAGGGCACUGAUGCUUCUUACUCCACCCCUGCAGCUCCUAAUAUGACGAACUACCCAUUGACCACACAAUACAGUACCAGUGACAGAAAUGGGACUGUUCCUGCUGCUGCGCCAACUUCAUCACAAUCAUACCAAUAUGACAUCAAUUACCAGCCACCACCUGAGAAAAUCGCUGAGGCACACAAGGCAGCAAGGUUUGCUGUUGGGGCUCUGGCAUUUGAUGAUGUUUCUGUUGCUGUGGAGCACCUUAAAAAAUCACUUGAACUAUUGACGAAUCCAUCAGCUGGCCAGUAAGUUUUUUUUUUUUUACAGAUAUGGGAUUUGUUCCAGCGGUUCUUUUUAUUUUGUUUGUUUUGUGUCAUAUCACAUGUAAAUUUCAUCGGAUUUAAUUCACGAAAAGUCAAAAAGUUGUAUUAUGGGCGAAUCCUUUUUCUUGAAUUGUGUGAUGAUAUAUUCAUGUCCU